AUGCCCCGCCCUUUCCCACUUCCUAUAUGCGUUGGCACUGACAUAUGCCACAUUCCUCGCAUCCGCCGGAUCAUACUUAAGAAUAACGGCAGUUCCGUCAAACGUUUCUCGCGUAGAAUUCUCGCUGAGCAGGAGUUUGCGCGGCAUUGGACGAGGAUUGAGACUCCUAUCAAAGCAUGGAGGGAGCUUGGGGGACAUCCAUGUAAAGAUGCACUUCUGCUGGGGGAUGCUAGUGGGGAUAGGGAUGUUGGAAGGGACGUGAAGUUGAACAACGCUUUCAAGAGCCCGAUCAAACAAAGGACUGCUGGGCAGAUUGAAACAGAGAUAUGGAAAACUGCGGGAUUUCUUGCUGGGAGAUUUGCAGCCAAAGAAGCCGUCAUCAAAGCACACCACUCUCGCCGUUUAACCUACCGAGACAUCGACAUUAUCAGACGCACACCCUCAUCUGCUGGAAUUACAGCUUCUCAACCCCCAGUAGCCCUUGUCAGAGGAGAAUCUGGGGAUUGGACCAAGGAUGGGCAGUUAUUGCCCAUUAGUAUCAGUCACGAUGGGGAUUAUGCUACUGCAACAUGUAUUUCAUAUGAGCCGCAUCUUGGCGGGGGCGUGGUUGAGGUUCCUGAGCAUGUACGGGGAGAACAGAUUGGCGAUUGA